GGGCUCUCUGCCUGUAUAUUGAACACACAAGAUAUACUCAGGAGUUGAGGAGAGAAAGAUAAGGAAAGUAAGAAAAUGGCAUCAGCAUCUCUCCUCAAGACAUCUCCAGUCCUUGACAAGACUGAGUUUGUAAAAGGCCAAUCCCUACGCCUUCCAUCUGUCUCCGUCCGCUGUCACCCAGCUGCUCCCUCUGCACUCACUGUCCGUGCUAGCUCCUAUGCUGAUGAGCUCGUCAAAACCGCGAAAACUAUUGCGUCCCCUGGUCGUGGAAUUUUGGCCAUGGAUGAGUCCAAUGCUACCUGUGGGAAGCGUUUAGCUUCAAUCGGAAUGGAGAACACUGAGGCUAACCGCCAGGCGUUCAGGACCCUGCUAGUUUCAGUUCCUGGACUAGGGGAGUAUAUCUCUGGUGCAAUCCUCUUCGAGGAGACACUUUAUCAAUCAACCGUCGAGGGAAAGAAAAUGGUUGAUGUGCUUGUUGAGCAGAACAUUGUUCCUGGUAUUAAGGUUGACAAGGGUCUUGUUCCUUUGGUUGGCUCAAACAAUGAAUCAUGGUGCCAAGGUCUUGAUGGCCUUGCCUCUCGCUCUGCUGCUUACUACCAACAAGGCGCCCGGUUCGCCAAAUGGCGUACUGUUGUGAGCAUCCCUAAUGGUCCUUCUGCACUUGCAGUGAAAGAAGCAGCCUGGGGUCUUGCUCGCUACGCUGCUAUUUCUCAGGACAAUGGGUUGGUACCCAUCGUUGAGCCAGAGAUCUUACUUGAUGGUGAACACAACAUUGAUAGGACCUUUGAAGUCGCCAAGCAGGUGUGGGCUGAAGUUUUCUUCUACCUUGCCCAGAACAAUGUCAUGUUUGAAGGUAUCUUGUUGAAGCCCAGCAUGGUCACCCCUGGAGCUGAGUGCAAGGAGAAGGCCACCCCACAGCAAGUUGCUGACUACACCCUCAGUCUCCUCCGCCAAAGAAUCCCUCCUGCCGUCCCAGGAAUCAUGUUUUUGUCUGGUGGACAAUCAGAAGUUGAGGCAACUCUAAACUUGAACGCCAUGAACCAAAGUCCCAACCCAUGGCACGUGUCGUUCUCAUACGCCAGAGCCCUUCAGAACACAUGCCUCAAGACUUGGAGUGGAAGACCAGAAAAUGUGAAGGCAGCUCAGGAUGCCUUACUUGUUAGAGCAAAGGCCAACUCUCUUGCCCAGCUAGGGAAAUACACCGGUGAAGGUGAGUCCGAUGAGGCCAAGAAGGGAAUGUUCGUGAAGGGAUACGUCUAUUAAGUGUCUACCAAAGUCUAUAGAUAUUUGAUGAUGAAGCAUGUAAUGUAGCCAAAUCAAACUGCAUAAAUGCUUAUAGCUGCUCCUCAAGACUGUUUUGUUCAUAUACCGUGUGCUUUUAGCAAUUUAUUACAUU